AAAAAAGUGUUUUAUAAUAGUGCACAACCUAUUUGCAAAACAAACAAACAAAAAAUAAAUAAAUAAAAUAGAAAACAAAGAGAUUAAUAUUUUUUACCGAAAUGAACUUCGCACGCAUGGAGUGAACUGCAUUAAGAUUACAGGCACAUUACCCUCAUCUAUACAAUUCAUUCACUGACACUAUGCGCCUAGUGAUCGGCGCGAUAGCAAUUAAUCAUCAUCACCAUCAUACAAUUCUUACUGUGACUGUUAAAAGCGAAAAUUGAAAGGGUUAAGCCAUUGUAGCGAUGAAAAGCAGCAUAAUUUGGGAAUAUUUUCAGUGGGUCCUCGCUUUGGCAUGCGGCAUGUGCAAGCCUUGCUUAUAUUCCUGAAUAUUACGUUCUUAUAUUUUGCCCGCUUAAAUGUUUCGGUGGCUGUGGUGGCCAUGACAAAUGCCAAUACAACGAAUCCAAAUUUUCCGGAGUACGAUUGGAAUGAAAAGCAGAAAUCAUACGUCUUAUCGAGCUUCUAUUGGGGCUAUGUGAUAACACAGUUUCCGGGUGGUUAUUUGAGUCAUUGUUUUGGCUCCAAAAUAGUAAUAUUCUUUUCAACUUUUUUCUCUGCACUCUGCAGUAUUUCAACACCAUGGUUCGUCUAUUUCGGUAGUUGGAAAGCAUAUUGCGCCAUACGCUUGGCAAUGGGUCUAUCGCAAGGCGUCUUGUGUCCGGCUAUACAUCAGCAUAUCGGGAAAUGGGCACCAAAUAGCGAACGCAAUCUUUUGGGUGGACUUAGUCAUUCAGGCUGCGAUAGUGGUGUUGUGAUAGCUAUGGGUCUUAGUGGUUUCAUAGCUAGCAGCUCACUUGGUUGGCCUGGCAUAUCUUAUAUAUCAGCCGUCAUUUGCUUUGCUUGGUGUUUAAUUUGGAUAUUUUUUGGUUUUGAUAAUGCGCCUUCAGCACGUUUUAUAACACCUGAAGAAUGCCAGUACAUUGAAUCGGACUUAAAACAUGCAAGUAAUUUCCAUAAAAAGAAUAUUCCUGUACCAUGGGCGGCUUUCUUUACUUCAGUGCCUUUCCUAAGUCUUCUGGUGACGCGUUGUGCACAAAUUUGGGCAUUUUCAACACUGCAAACCGAGUUGCCUUCGUAUAUGGCUGGUGUAAUGAAUAUGAAUAUAAAGAGUAAUGCCCUCUACUCUUCACUACCCUAUGUGACAAUGUGGAUACUGUCAUAUUUUUAUCUCUUUUUUAUGAAUCUUUUACUUGGCAAGCAAAUAGCAACACUGACAGUUUUACGUAAAACAGUAAAUACAAUUGCAUUUUGGACACCAGCAGCUAUGCUUGUCGGCAUCAGUUAUCUGGACGAAGAGCAACAAACACUAGGGAUCGUGCUCAUAACCUCAGCUAUAGGCAUAAGUGCGGGAGCGACAAUUGGUUCCACAUUGAAUACGAUCGAUUUAACGCCUAAUCAUGCAGGUAUUUUGAUGGGCAUUAUCAAUACGAUUGCUAACUUUGUGCCAAUUCUAACACCAUUACUUGUCGGGGUUGUUGUAACGGACGAGCACAAUCGCUCACUUUGGCGCAUCGUCUUCAUUAUAUCAGCGGCAGUUUUAUUCAUUGGAAAUCUAGUUUUUAUUUUGGGUGGAUCUGCCGAAACCCAACCAUGGGACGCACCUGACUUUCUGACUCGUAAUAAUGCAGAUGCUGAAACGUAUAGUGAUCCAAAGCUUGAAAGGAGUGAAAGAAAAUUGUCUGAGGAAUCGCAGAUUCUGACAAUAGCCGAAGAAAAGAAAAAUGGUACAUUGACUUUGGAAAAUUUACAUGCAGAUAAAAUCACUGGCCGCGAACAAUUAAAUGGCAUUUGUAACAAAGCAUUUGAGUUGAUUACAUCAGAAGAAUUGAAGGGUGAAAAAGCAACGACUGAGGCAAUGAAAAGCGCUAAAGCAAACGGAGAUGGGGGAAUGGAUACUACGAAACUGUAAAGGUAGAAAUUAGAAAUAUACGAAGAAAUAAAAAACCUACGCUGCCUCAUUCAUGCUACUUUGGUGCAGUCUGAACAACAACUGAUUGCAAGAGCAUAAGAAUACCUACUAAUGAAACCUGGUGAAAAGAAUUCAGAUCAGACCGUUAAUCGGCUCUCAGCGAAUUUAAAAGAAUCAGCCGAUUGGCUAACGUCACAUGGGGCAUAACCAAGAAUGAUAGAAACAAUAUUGCGCCCAUCAGAGAGUGCGUGACGUCCCAUUGGCCGAGUUGUGCAGUGUUGCCAACCAUUUGCUCUUCGUAACAAAGUAAGUUCUUCUCAGUAAGUUCAAACACUUUUUAAAAUGUGUAUAAAGGUUUUCAAUCUUAAGAAGAGUUGAGAGAAGAAGAUUUAAUAUACUUGCAUAACCUUAAAAGGAACAAAAAAUUAAAUUUGCACUUUCAAAAUAUCAAAUUUUAUAAGAACCAACAAAUUUUCAUUAGCACUAAACUCUUUUCAGAGAGACCUUUUUUAACCUUCUUUUGUUUAAUAAUAUAGUUUUUUUAACUUAGAGUUUCAGUAGCUUUAAAUUGAAAAAAAAAAAAAAACAUCAAACUUAAAAAUUUUCGCAUUUUGGGUAUAGAAAAACACUGAAUUAAUUGCGAAGAGCAAAUGGUUCGCAACACUGCACAACUCGGCAAACGUGACGUCACGCACUCUCUGAUGGGCGCAAUCUUGUUUCUGUCAUUCCUGGUUCAUAACAACUGUUUGUUUACGAAAUACAUUGCGUGGGUGAUAUAGGAAAAACAAAAUAACACAAUCUACGCACAUGAUAAUCCGCUGCUGACUGAACAACGACUGAUAAGUGUGAAAUUUUGCUGCUGGAUCUCUGAAGACAUUACAGCCUAAGUUAGUCUCACAAUAUUGCUACGGAUGACCUUGUAAUUUAUCGUCAUUGAAAUAAAAGUCGUUUGUUUUCAUAGUCGACUACACAUUGCUUAUAGGGUGACAUCUAAAAGUACGGCAUUUGUAUAUUAAUUAAUGUGUAGCAAAUAAAUUUGCGCCUAAAAUACCACAACAAUCUUCUAGUUAGUGGGUGCACAUUUCCUUUUUACAUCCAUAUGUCCAUACAUAAAUGAUAAACAACAUUAUGGUGACUUCAGCGGAGUGAGACGGCUGCGGAUAGAGAAAUGUUUUAUAAACAUCAUCAAAUUGCAAAUUAGUUUUUAAAUUAUCAUGUAUUGUAAUGAAGUCUAAUUUAAGUUACGUUAUUAAUUGUUUAUGUUUGAAAUUUUUGAAUUUAUGAAUUUAAAUAAAUAAAAUAAAUAGUUGGCGCGUA